AUGUACUACAUUAUGUGCCGUACGUGCUUUGCCAAGAAAAUCUACAACCCACACAGCAUCAAGACUGGACAGUAUACCGUCCAUUAUGGCCCGACGUCCACCCUCGGUGAUGAAGACUCACAGCAGGCAAUUGAAGCCACCUCUCGGCACUGCACCCUUCCUAUCCAGGGCACCACCAAUGCACCGCUGUUGAUUCGCAGUCAGUCUGCCAACACGCAUGGCAAGCCAACGCGUCUCCAUCAUCGCGUGCAAAAUCAGGCGUCAGCAAGUCCGCCGAUCAGUCAACACUGCAUUCACAUUCAACUGGGGCGGGUAGUCCCACUGGUGACUUGGGAGGGAGACGCAGCACGCUUUACUGAUAGUGGGCACGAAACUCGUUCAGGACUCGAACACAAUCCACACCGCUGA